UAUUCUCUAAUAAUAUUUUCACAUAUAUAACCCCCACCCAUGAGCUUAGGCCAUUCAAUCUCUCAUAACAUACUAAACCUUCUAUUUACUUCCUUCAUUUCAAGUUUUGUUAUAACUUAUAAGAGUGGAAACAUGAGAACGCUUUGUCCUAACUUCGACAGAGAAGACGGUUUAGAGACGGUGUUGGAAGUUCCGAUGCCGGAGGAGUUGUUUUGUUCCGAGAACAGCAAGACCGGCGCUUGGCGAAGUGUCAAGUCUAGUUUGCUCCGGUCACCGCCGGAUAACAAUAGUAGCCUCGCCACUCUAUUCGGUGGCCGUGACGCUCAGAUUCAGAUGCUUCUUGGAAUCAUAGGAGCUCCGUUGAUCCCUCUUCCUGUCUCCUCCGAUCACGACGUUCUUGAUUCUCCCAUCUCCAAACUCAUCAAGAACCAAUCUAUUGAAGCAGCCAUGGCAAAGUACAUAGUGAAGCAAUACGCUGCAGCAGCUGGAGGAGAGACGGCAUUAGCUGGAGUAGGGAGCAUGUACGCGAUGGGGAAGGUUAAAAUGGGAGUGACAGAGUUCUGCGCAGCGAAAACGCUAAUUGGAAAGAGGAAGAAGAAAAUGGUAAAGAUCAGGAACGUGAACAACGGAAACGGAGGAGAGAUGGGUGGUUUCGUGUUAUGGAAGAAAGGCUCGAGUCAGUGGAAUUUAGAGCUUGUGGUUUCCGGUUGUAAAGUCAGUGCUGGUUGUGAUGGUAACGUGGCUUGGAAGCAAAGUCCUUGGCUAGAACAUUCUCAAGCUUCUAAUGAACCUUCUGGUCCACUUAGAAGGUUUCUCCAAGGGCUUGAUCCAAAAACAACAGCAAAUAUGUUUGCUGGAUCGGUUUGCGUGGGGGAGAAAGCGGUUAACGACGAAGAAUGCUUCGUGCUUAAGCUUGAAACACAGCCUUCAGGGCUUAAAUCAAGAAGCAAGAGAGGCAUGGAGACGGUGAAGCAUACCGUGUGGGGUUGUUUUAGUCAAAGAACAGGACUUUUGGUCCAACUAGAAGACACUUAUCUUGUAAGGAUCAAGACUGGUCCUGAAGAAGAAGAUGUAGUCUUGUGGGAGACCACCUCCGAGACAAUGAUCCAAGAUUACAAGAGCGUUGAUGGGAUUCAGAUAGCUCAUAAAGGAAGAACAUGUGUCUCAUUGUUGAGGCUUGAUGAGAGCUUAGAGAGUCAUUCAAAGACUACAAUGGAAGAGAGUUGGGAGAUUGAAGAAGUGGGUUUUAAUGUGAAGGGUUUGUCUUCUGAUUUCUUCUUACCGCCAGGUGACUUGUGUCUCAAGGAAACUGAAGAAAGUGAGUUUAGUUUUGGAGACUAUACUAGUCCUAUGAUGAUUCCAUUGAAGGUUAGCACAGCUUCAUGGAAUCUCAAGUCCUCUAAAGUCAGAGCUAUUGAAGAUUUUGGAGAUUCUGAAUGAUUAAAAGAUGAAGACGUUUCAAG